UAGGUUUGCCUUUACCCGGAGACAGCUGAAAAACCUCUGACGUUCUAACUUCAACCAUUUUAAUUCGUAUUUCGUUUUGCUGCUUCCAAGUCUGGUUUCCAAUCCAAUUUUAAAAAGGAGAAAUACAAUGUACAACACAAAAGCUGUUGCAUACUUGUACUGCCUGGUUUUUGCUACAACUUCAGAAAACGUGGAAAUCAGGGCAGGUCCGGCAGAAAACAUCAAUACUGUAACAAGUACAGAUUAUAAAAAAAUGUCUAGCACCUUCUCCAGUGUCAUCUGCAGCACCAGCUCGUCCAGUGCCAUCGAUGAUAGCAGCACACUCAGCAGCACACCCUGUAUCACUGAUGAUAGCAUCACACCCAGUACUACCGAUGAUAGCAUCACACCCAGUACUACCGAUGACAGCAGCACACCCAGUACUACCGAUGAUAGCAUCACACCCAGUACUACCGAUGAAAGCAGCACACCCAGUACCACUGAUGAUAGCAGUACAUUCAGCAGCACAUCCAGUACCACUGAUGAUAGCAGUACAUUCAGCAGCACAUCCAGUACCACUGAUGAUAGCAGUACAUUCAGCAGCACAUCCAGUACCACUGAUGAUAGCAGUACAUUCAGCAGCACAUCCAGUACCACUGAUGAUAGCAGUACAUUCAGCAGCACAUCCAGUACCACUGAUGAUAGCAGUACAUUCAGCAGCACAUCCAGUACCACUGAUGAUAGCAGUACAUUCAGCGGCACACCCAGUACCACUGAUGAUAGCAGUACAUUCAGCAGCACACCUAGUACCACCGAUGAUAGCAGUACAUUCAGCAGCACAUCCAGUACCACCGAUGAUAGCAGUACAUUCAGCGGCACAUCCAGUACCACCGAUGAUAGCAGUACAUUCAGCAGCACACCCAGUACCACUGAUGAUAGCAGUACAUUCAGCAGCACAUCCAGUACCACUGAUGAAAGCAGCACACCCAGCAGCACACCCAAUACCACCGAUGAUAGCAGCACACCCAGCAGCACUUUCAGGUCUACUGGGAGCACCAACACACCAAGCAGCUCCUCCAGUUAUACCAGCAGCAUCAACACACUUAGCAGCACAUCUGGUUCCAGCCUUUCCACCACCAAACCGACUGUGAGGACAUCUACUAUCGUUCAGUCUACAAUUGCGACCCAUACCACCCUCACAUCGACAGCAACCUUAGAAGGUAUUUAUUUAAUCUAG